GUCUACUCAGUGCUCAUCUAUGAUGCAAAGCUCACUCACGACAUCCAGAAUGCCAUCAACACUGCCAACGAUUUUAGUAUACUAUUCCGUGAACUUAAACCCCAGAGACGACUACCCAGACAGCCGAUUGUGGAAAUCCGCAAUUUGGCCAACCAUUUGAUACUGACUCUGGAUCGGACCAAACCAUCCAUUGUAUUACAAUUAAGGGAAGCGGCAUUCAAAGGACCGACACAUGAGAGGAACUUUACACUUGAAUUGGACGCAAUUAAUGAUACGAAAUGUGUUUCACAGGGAUAUCUUACACUUAAUUCAAAUCUAUUUAAUAGUUACCGAAAAACAGGAGGACCCGUACGAGUGGAAAAAGAUAAAAGACUUUCAGUUGAAUGUCAUCCAAAAGAUGUUGUCCGCCAAACAUUUCGGGAAGUGGAGUGUACGUCAUCGCCGAUUAUUAAUACACAACCGCAACGUAUUGUAGUGACCCGUACGGUGUCGGCCACUGUUCCCAAACAGACAGAGGGAACCGCUUAUUAUAUUCACAGCAAAUACAAGGAAAAAGAUUAUCUAUUGAAAGCAUUUGGCGAACUAUCAGUGACUUUGAAAGAUUUGAAACAUUCAGUAGAUUUACAGACUAGAGAGACUAAAGCAUUGCGCGAAACAUUGGAAAAGUGCGAUAUGUGUAGAGCUCGGUUAGUAACUGGUUGUGCCACAAGUCCCUGUUUCUCAGGGGUUAGUUGUCUAGACCUACCAAAUGGUUCAUUUAAGUGCGGUUCCUGUCCAAAGGGCUUUACUGGUGAUGGUAUUGAAUGCCAACGCAUGACAACCUGUGAUGACAGGCCGUGCUUUCAAGGAGUUCAAUGUAUCGAUGACGACACACAUGGUUAUAGGUGUGGCCCGUGUCCCAGUGGCUAUAAGGGCAAUGGCGUGACUUGUACGCCGGCAAUACGAUGUUCGGAUAAUCCAUGUUAUCCAGGAGUUAACUGUGCCAACUAUGACAAGCCGCCGGGUUAUCGGUGCGGUGCCUGUCCGCCAGGACUUACCGGCAACGGUGUUACGUGUACCGACAUAGACGAGUGCGAACUGGCCCGUCCGUGCAAUCAACAGUCACAGUGUAUUAAUUUGCAGCCAGGUUUCCGAUGUGGUCCCUGUCCAGGUGGCUAUACGGGCAGACAAAUACAGGGAGUCGGUAUAGAGUUUGCUCGGGCUAAUAGACAGCUUUGUCUGGAUGUUAAUGAGUGCGACGACGCCCGCAACGGUGGGUGCGUUGAGAAUUCGCAAUGUAUUAACACUCAGGGCUCCUAUGUUUGCGGCGAAUGUAUUGAGGGUUUUGUGGGUAAUCAGACAAUUGGCUGUCAUCCACAUCCGGGCACCUGUCCCGACGGUACCAUAUGUGACGGCAAUGCUGAGUGUAUUAUGAGAAGAGGUUAUUCCCGAUUUCAAUGCAGAUGUAAAGUUGGCUUCGCUGGCAAUGGUAUAAUCUGUGGUUCCGAUAGUGACUUAGAUGGUUGGCCAGACCAUCAACUUAGAUGCUCCGAUCCUCGAUGUGUUGCGGAUAACUGUCCUCUGAUACCUAACAGUGGACAAGAAGACGCCGAUAGAGAUCUGAUUGGCGAUGCCUGUGAUGAAGAUGCCGACAACGAUGGCAUUAUCAACGAUCCGGAUAACUGUCCACUUGUGAGUAAUCCACAUCAAGAGGAUUCCGAUGCCGAUGGACCGGACACUUUGGGAAAUGCUUGCGAUAACUGUCCGACAAUUGCCAAUACCGAUCAACUGGACACCGAUGGCGACGGUUUAGGCGAUCUUUGCGAUCCCGAUGCUGAUAAUGAUGGAGUAAUCAAUAGCCAAGACAACUGUCCGACUGUUCCUAACAGCGAUCAAUUGGACAGAGACGGUGACGGCGUGGGUGACAAAUGCGAUAAUUGUCCGCUUCAUUCAAAUGCAAAUCAAAAGGAUUCGGACAAAGAUCUUGUUGGAGAUGUCUGUGACAAUAAUUAUGACAGGGAUUUGGACGGAAUUCAAGAUAAUGUGGACAACUGUCCCGAGAUACCAAACAGCGAUCAAUUGGAUUCAGACGAAGACGGAUUAGGAGAUGUAUGUGAUUUUGAUAAGGAUAACGAUGGCGUUGCCGAUAAUUUAGACAACUGUCCACUUGUUUACAAUCCGGACCAAAGAGACACAAAUAAUACGGGAGUUGGCGAUGCCUGUCGAGGAGAUUUCGAUGGCGACGGUGUGCCCGAUAGUCUGGAUGUAUGUCCAGACAAUAGAAAAGUUUACGCCACUGACUUCAGAGCCUAUCAGACAGUGGUUUUGGAUCCGGAAGGCGACUCCCAGAUAGAUCCUCAUUGGGUGAUCUACAAUAAGGGAGCAGAAAUCGUACAGACAAUGAACAGCGAUCCGGGACUUGCUGUCGGUUUUCACGCUUUUGGCGGCGUUGACUUCGAGGGUACAUUCUUUGUAGACACAGAGAUCGAUGACGAUUAUGUAGGCCUAGUGUUCAGCUAUCAGGACAACGCACACUUCUACUCAAUUAUGUGGAAAAAAGGUACCCAAACCUAUUGGCAGGCCACACCGUUUAGAGCGGUAGCCGAACCGGGCAUACAACUCAAACUGGUCACAUCCCAAACGGGACCGGGACAAAUGUUGCGCAACUCGCUGUGGCACACGGGAAAUACCACUGAUCAGGUUAAACUACUUUGGCGCGACCCGAGAAAUGUCGGAUGGAAGGAACGGGUGGCCUACAGGUGGCUAAUGUUGCACAGACCUAAAAUUGGUCUCAUUAGACUUCAGAUCUUUGAAGGCGAGAAUAUGGUCGCAGACUCUGGCAAUCUGUUUGACAGUACUCUCAAAGGCGGACGUCUCGGUGUCUUCUGUUUCUCUCAAGAGGCCAUUAUUUGGUCAGAUUUGGUCUACCGAUGCAACGAAGCGGUUCCCCAAUCAAUUUGGCAAGACUUGCCCCGACGAUUGCAAAACCAAGUCGAAGUGGACACUACCCGACCCUCCGAUGUUGUUCAAGUGGGCCGACGUCGAGUGGACUCUUCGCCGGCGUUUAUACCGCAAAACGGUUAUCGGAGUUCAAAGUAA